UUAUUUCAGGGCAGCUGUGAUGGACAUGCGCACAGCUGAUGGAGUGGAGAGGCAACAUCUGCACUGACGUCACCUCCCCCCCCCUCUGAAAAAAAGCUGGCAGUGCGUGGAGCUGUCCUGGACUGGGACAGACCCGGUCUCUGCGAUGUAGUGAGGAGGAGCAGCUCCGAGCCAACUCCUGCUGGUGCUCGCAGUCUGACUGUGGCGGCUCCGCGUCCUCGACUCACUUUCUGAAGCCUCUCUGCGCCUCCGAGAGGAAGAAGAAGAGGAAGAAGAAGACAGAAAAGACGAGCUGAAUAACCGCUUCAGUUUUUAGGUGACAGGGUCCGGGUCUGAAGCGGAGACUCAGCGCCUGCAGUUCCAGAGGAUGGCAGAGUCCAGGAGGAGAUGAGCGGAGGAGCGCAGCGGAGCAACUCCACAGCUGCACUUCACGUCUUUUGUCCCGAGCUCUCUCUGCGCGGUUGGACCGGAGCUGGCGAUGAAGAUGAGCAUGGAAUGCAGAUGGAUCGGUCAAGACAAGUUUCCAAUAUAAAGCUUCCUGUUUGGAGUUACACCUGAGAGCGACUGCGUCUGAUGGAUUACGGUGUUUGCUACGAGCUGCUGACAUGAAUUCAGAGGCCAGUGAGACGUGGAAGUGUUCGCCUUCAGGAGAAAUCUGAGACCUGGAUGAGCCCUCGAGCACGACGAGAACAUUUGAGCGAAGGAGACAAACCAUGGACUUGUUAUGGUCGGGCCUCGGACCCAUCGCAUGCUUUUAACCCGCUUGUAGCACCCUCUGCCCCUCACCCCAUGUCACAGCUGCCCCUGAAUUAUGGAAAUUUUGUGGAAGACGCUGACUUGGACCCUGAGCCUGGUGGUGAUGGCUGCCUCUGAGUUUCAAAGCAUCAACAAACUUUCACACAACUCUCAAGAGGAGUUCCUGUCCUACCUGCAGCACUACCAGCUGACUGUCCCGGUGCGGGUGGAUGAGAACGGAGAGUUCCUGAGCUACACUGUGAAGCACCACCGGCCGGGCCGGCGGAGACGCGGAGCCGUGGAUCCCAUCAUGGGACAGCUGCCCGCCUCGGACCCCCCAGAGUCCCGGCUGUUCUACAGACUGUCAGCCUACGGAAAGCACUUUCACUUAAACCUGACGCUCAACCCCCACCUGGUGUCAAAACAUUUCACAGUGGAGUACUGGGGCAAAGACGGGCUGGAGUGGCGUCAUAACAUGGUAGAUAACUGUCACUAUGUGGGAUUCUUGCAAAAUCAGCACAGCACGACCCGAGUGGCACUCAGCAACUGCAAAGGCCUGCACGGCGUCAUAACAACGGAGGAAGACCAGUAUUUGAUCGAGCCAUUAAAGAACAUUUCCUCCACCACCUCCAGCGAAUGGAACCUGGACGAAGCACAGCAACAUGUUAUUUAUAAAAUGUCUGCCAUUCCCUCACCACAAGAGCAUAGCCAGGAGUUCAGCUGUGGCAUUUCAGACCUCAAUAAAAGCAGUGCACCUUGCCAGUUCAGCACACCUCCACCUGUCCACUCGUCUCCCGCGCCCCAGAACGACAGCGAGCAGUCCAACAGCACCCACCGACAGCGGCGCUCCGUCAGCAGCGAGCGCUUCGUCGAGACGCUCGUGGUCGCUGAUAAAAUGAUGGUCGGUUACCACGGACGCAAAGACAUUGAGCACUACAUCUUGUCUGUAAUGAAUAUUGUUGCCAAACUUUACCGUGAUGCCAGUCUAGGAAAUGUUGUGAACAUUAUUGUGACCCGGCUGAUUGUUCUGACUGAAGAUCAGCCGAACCUGGAGAUCAACCAUCACGCUGACAAAUCUCUGGACAGUUUCUGCAAGUGGCAGAAGUCCAUCCUGUCCCAUCACGGCGACGGCAACAGCAUUCCUGAGAAUGGGAUGGCUCACCAUGACAACGCCGUCCUAAUCACCCGGUACGACAUCUGCACCUACAAGAACAAACCCUGCGGGACGUUAGGCUUGGCCUCGGUGGCGGGAAUGUGCGAGCCUGAGAGGAGCUGCAGCAUUAACGAAGACAUCGGCCUCGGUUCUGCUUUCACCAUCGCGCACGAGAUCGGACACAAUUUUGGGAUGAACCACGAUGGGAUCGGGAAUUCCUGCGGUACCAAAGGCCACGAGACAGCCAAACUGAUGGCGGCCCACAUAACAGCCAACACCAACCCUUUCUCCUGGUCCGCCUGCAGCAAAGACUACAUCACCAGCUUUCUCGACUCAGGUCGGGGGACGUGUCUGGACAAUGAACCUCUGAAACGAGACUUCCUGUACCCAACAGUGGCCCCGGGGCAGGUGUACGAUGCAGACGAGCAGUGUCGCUUCCAGUACGGAGCCUCCUCACGCCAGUGCAAGUACGGGGAAGUGUGUAGAGAGCUCUGGUGCCUUAGCAAAAGCAACCGCUGUGUAACCAACAGUAUCCCUGCUGCAGAGGGGACCCUGUGCCAGACCGGCAGCAUCGAGAAAGGGUGGUGCUACCAGGGGGAGUGCGUGGCGUUCGGUACCUGGCCUCAGAGUGUGGACGGAGGCUGGGGGCCCUGGUCCAUGUGGGGGGAGUGCAGCAGGACCUGUGGGGGCGGUGUGUCCUCCUCCAUGAGGCACUGUGACAGCCCAGCCCCGUCUGGAGGAGGGAAGUACUGUCUGGGGGAGAGGAAGCGUUACAGAUCCUGUAACACCGACGCCUGCCCCGCCGGGUCUCGUGACUUCCGGGAGAAGCAGUGCGCAGAUUUCGACAGCAUGCCUUUCCGUGGGAAAUACUACAACUGGAAGCCGUACACUGGUGGUGGCGUUAAGCCGUGUGCGCUGAACUGCCUGGCUGAGGGCUACAACUUCUACACCGAGCGCUCGCCCGCCGUCAUAGACGGCACCCGAUGUCAGGCCGACUCUCUGGACAUCUGCAUCAAUGGAGAGUGUAAGCACGUGGGCUGCGACAACAUCCUGAGCUCCGACGCUAAAGAAGAUCGGUGCCGUGUGUGCGGAGGGGACGGCAGCACCUGCGAGGCCACGGAGGGACUCUUCAACGAGUCUCUGCCCAGAGGAGGAUACAUGGAGGUGGUUCAGAUCCCGAAAGGUUCGGUCCACAUCGAGAUCAAAGAGCUCGCCAUGUCGAAAAAUUACAUCGCUUUGAAAUCUGAAGGGGACGAUUAUUACAUCAACGGCGCGUGGACCAUCGACUGGCCCCGGAAGUUUGACAUCGCAGGGACGGCCUUCCACUACAAGAGACCCUCCGACGAGCCCGAGUCUUUAGAGGCGCUGGGAGCCACCACUGAAAACCUGAUUGUCAUGGUUCUCCUUCAGGAACAGAACAUGGGAAUACGCUACAAGUUCAACGUGCCCAUCCAGCGCACCGGCAGUGGUGACAACGAGGUGGGCUUCUCCUGGCACCACCUGCCCUGGUCCGAGUGCUCGGCUACCUGCUCUGGAGGUUCCCAGAAGCAGGAAGUGGUGUGUAAGAGGCUGGAUGACAACUCGGUGGUCCAGAACAGCUACUGCGACCCGGACAGCAAACAUCCAGAGAACCAGAGAGACUGCAACACCGAGCCCUGUCCUCCAGAGUGGUUCAUUGGCGACUGGUCCGAGUGCGGGAAGACGUGUGACGGCGGGAUGAGGACGAGGACGGUUCUGUGCAUCAGGAAGAUCGGACCUGCUGAGGAGGAGACGCUGGAGGACACCCACUGUCUGACUCACCGCCCAAUCGAACAAGAGUCCUGCAACAACCAGUCCUGCCCGCCCAAGUGGGUCACCCUGGAUUGGUCAGAGUGCACACCUAAAUGUGGCCCCGGCUUCAAGCACCGCAUCGCCCUGUGUAAGAGCAGCGACCUGACCAAGACCUUCCCGCCCGCCCACUGCCCGAGCCACAACAAACCUCCGGUCCGAAUCCGCUGCAGUUUAGGACGCUGUCCUCCUCCACGCUGGAUCCCCGGUGAAUGGGGACAGUGUUCGGCCCAGUGCGGUCUGGGCCAGCAGAUGAGGACGGUGCAGUGUCUGUCCUACACCGGGCAGCCGUCGAACGAGUGCGCAGAGUCCCUCCGACCCACCACCAUGCAGCAGUGCGAGAGCAAGUGCGACGCCACCCCCAUCUCCAACGGCGACGAAUGCAAAGAUGUAAACAAAGUGGCCUACUGCCCGCUGGUGCUGAAGUUCAAGUUCUGCAGCCGUGCGUACUUCAGACAGAUGUGCUGCAAAACCUGCCAGGGCCACUGACCCGGGAGAGGAAGAGCGAGACGCAGCGACAGAGAGAGACGAGGCCAGAGAGAAAAAGAUGGAGGGAGGCUGACACGGCACUGAAAAGGGAGAGAAGAAGAAGAAAAACAGGGCGGACUGACAAACAAACCUCCGGAUCGGCGCUGGUGAGGAGAAGAUUUCCCCACCAGUCGAUCCUCCGACCCUCCAUCGUGGUGGAACCCAAACCACUGCUCAGCCCGUAACGCUGACACAAACUGUAUUAUUAUUAUUUUUUUUUCUUUAAUUUUUCACUUCUGUGAAGUGGAACUCGGAAGAUUAUUUGUUGGUGAUGUUAUUUUUAUUAUAAUAAUAAUAAUUAAUAUCAUUGUUAGUCUUCCUUUGUUGUUUGUUGUUGUAUGAAUCCAAAGUGCUGGACACACAUCGCUGGCAGAGGAUGGACCCGGAGACGGACGGACGGAGGGGAGGAUCCUCGCUCGGGGACGGCGUCGGGACUCCUCCCGUCGUUGGGACGACUGUGAUGGUGCUAUUGGCAGGCAGACAUUUUUUUUUGGCUUCGGUGCACUUUUCCGUGUAAAUACUUUUGCCAAGUUACCGCUCAAAUACGACAGAGAAACCCGAUCAGUGUACUGUAUAUUUAUUGUACGAUUCCAAACAGAGCUGAGAUUUUGUCCUCUGAUCACGUUUGUGUCAGAUAGUAGCCUACUGUCAUGGAAGGGAAUGUAAUGUGAUUGAAUUCAUAUUCAACGUCUCUGUGCUGGAAUGAGAAUAUUACAUACUGUAACAUACGUUAAACCCUUAUAUACUGUAAGGAUUUGUAUAUUAUAUAUGAUGUUAAUCCAGGACCAGAAAGUUACCGCGUGGUUAGAGGAGGAUCUUUGAAUCGCUUUUUCCUUUUCUCCCCCCCAGACGGGUGCCUUAGUUCCUAACAAAUCAAAGACGACCCGGCGUCAGUGAUCAGUCCAAACGUAGUAUGAAGAUAUCGUCAGAUGCCUGGGCCACUUUAAAACAAAAAAAAACACACACUGUCACCAAACGAGCCUUUCAGGAAACAUCCGGGGAGGAGCUCUCAGUUCAGCUUUUGAAGGAUUCGUUUUGAAGGAGCAUUUUCUACGAAGCAGCUUGUUCAUCGGAAUCACACUGCAGUCACUGUUUCUUUAAGCCGGAUGAUUAUCUAAUCAGACGUCGGUCAUGUGUCUGUGUUUCAGCGCUGAUCAGGAGUUAAAGGACUAGUUUGAUCAUUUUUUGGGAGAUGCGUUUAUCUGCCGUGAUGCCGAGAAUUAGGUAAAAAGUUCGAUACCACUUUCAUGUCGUCAGAGAACGGAAGCAAAAUCCCUCGAGGUGGUUUCCCUCCUUAUUACAUCUCUUCUUCGUCUUCUUGAGGUUUAUUAGCGGUACGAAAAUAAAAAAGUUUGUUUCCCAUUCAAAGUGCCACUGCUUCUUCUACUAUUUUUCUGACGUAAAUACUUUUUUGCGUGACCUCGUUUUGUCGCUCCGCAGCAGUUGACGGAGACGAGCCUCAUUUUUCACAUUUUCUUGUUUUUGCAAAUUUUGAAUUUGCUUGAUAUUUUUCCCCCCAUUUAAUUUCUAAAUCCCACACAACCAACAUGAAGUGUUAAGAAGCGCUACUCAGUGUUGCUGCCAAGUCUUUGUGCUAAGCUAAGCUAACGUCACGCGGCGUGAGAGUGGUAUCCAUCUUCGGUAAAUAGACGCAUUUCCCUAAACUAUUCCUCUGAGCGCACACACAUCGUUGCCAGACGUAUCCAGGCUUCACACACACUCCAGAUAACGUUACCUCCCCUCUUCCCUCUCAGCCAACUCGAUGGUGCUUCUCCUUUUUUUUUUUUUUUUUAUUUCCAUGGAGUUCAGUGUUUACCUCCUCUUUCCCUCCCGCUCUGCUCCCCGAGGGGUUACAGCCUUCCCAGGCUUCUGGUGCUAUCGAGUGGGUGCUUCCAUUCAGACCCUCUCCUCCAGUGUGCUUCCACGUCAGGCUGGAUCCAAACAAUAUGAAAUAAUGUCCUUGUCAGAUUUCUCUGCUGGUAAAUGCUGGUCAUGUUAUUGGGUUUUUUUUGUUUGUUUUUUUUUUGUUUUUGUUUUUUAGUAUGUAUCUGUUUUAUACCUCACACUGGGAAAAUGUUCAUUGUUAUCCGUUUUGUAUUGUUGUUUGUGCUACCAACAAAAAAAAAAAAAAAUGGACGCUCGCCCCAGUUGUAACCGAUCCCUCGUGCCGGCGUCGGGGUCGUGAAAGGGAACGCCGAGGAGAAACCCGAGAGACGACGACGACGCAGGAGUGUGCAACAAUCUCAUCGAAGCUGUUAACAACUAAUUUGUUUUUUUUUUAAUUUUGCUGCUGCUACUUUUUCUGUAGCCACCUUCAGUAUGACAUGUCGAGCAGAUUUUUUUUGUUUUUGUUUUUUAUCGGUUACCAAAACCUUGAAUGAGGCAGUUGGAGAAGGACGGUGGACUGAAACCAGGACUGACUCGUCUGCUGGGAGAGAGAGAGAGAGAGCGAGAGAACGGGAGCCUCCAGAAAUAAAACGAGAAGUGAAAUCAAUCAAACUGGUACUCAUUGCUGUGAACUCGGAUGUUUGAAUGUCACAUUGCUUAUACCUGUACCUAAAGUGCAAGAGAAAUGAAAAAAAAAAAAAAAGCAUCGUGAUUAUUUUGCUUAUAUUUUAUAUUCAGUAUUAAUGUUGGUACACUGUUACUAAUUUUUUUUUCAAAUGUAAAUUAUAUGCUAAUUUAUUGCGUUGUCUCACUUGUACAUUUUUAUUUUCACUGCAUGCAAGAACUGAAAUUUAGCAUAGUGAAAAAAAUGCAGUGAUGCGGCCCUUCACCA